CUGAAAAGCAUACAAACUUGAGAGUAAUGUGGAGCCAGUAAUGGCAUUUGAUUCAUGAUCUUUCAAAGAUUUCAAAAUUGCCUGCUAUCUCUGUAUUCUCCACAUCCUCUCAGACUACCAUACAUGUUAGAAAUCUCCAGGGAAGAAUCUGUAUGAAAUUCCUACACUAAAACAAUAGGGCUGCACAUUUCAUGCUGCUGUCAGUCUCAUCGCCUCCUGUUGGGAUGAAACUUCAGAAUACCAUGUGACAAAAAAUAAUUAACAACUGCCUUCAUAAGUAUACAACUUUUUAGAGUCUCGAUAAAGCCCUCUGUAAUUUAGAAAAGGCAAAUAAAGGCUAUAGGACCUCCUGCAACAAGGCCAGCUAAGACUUUCUGCAGCUACCUCAAAUAAAAGCAAAUGUAUCCACGGACUCAACUUUUUCUAUAAAAAUAGACAUCCAAGGAGCAGUAGUAUCUUCAUGGCUAGACAAUUCCUAUUAAGUCAUCCCAUGAACAGUAUGAGACACACAAAAGUAAUUCUAUUCUUAUUGAUUUUAUUGUCUCUGUGGGCCUUGCAUAGGAAGUAUCAUUUCAGCACAAGGCAUCUUCAGAAGAUGUCACAAUGCUGGUUCCAGGCACGUCAAACAGAACUAAAGCUAUCAGACUGGUUUCAUCCCACACAGAUAGUAGAAUUGGUGAAGAAGAACUUAACUAUCACUGAGUGGUCAGCUCCAAUUAUGUGGCAUGAUACUUAUGAUGAAUCAGUCUUGAAAAAGUAUUAUGCAGACCAUAAUAUUACUGUGGGGCUGAUUGUAUUUGCUGUAGGAAGAUAUCUUGAACGCUAUCUGGGCAGAUUUUUAAUAUCUGCUGAAAAGUUUUUUAUGUCUGGCCAGAAGGUCAUCAUUUAUGUCAUGACAGACAACUUCUCUGCUGUGCCCUGGGUAUAUCUGGGUCGUCACCAUACAUUCAAAAUUUUUCAAAUUGGGAGAGAGAAGAGAUGGCAAGACGUCAGUAUGAUGCGCAUGAAAACCAUCAGAGACCACAUUGUGGAUCAUAUCCAGUAUGAAGUCGACUUCCUCUUUUGCAUGGAUGUGGACCAAGUCUUCAGAAGCAGUUAUGGUGUGGAGACUCUGGGAGAGUCUGUAGCUCAGUUACACAAUUUUUGGUUCUGGGCAGUUCCUCACAUGUUUCCUUAUGAAAGAAAUAACUUAUCAGAAGCUUAUAUGCCUAAGGGCAAGGGAGACUUUUAUUACCAUGCCGCUGUUUUUGGUGGCACUCCCAUCCAGGUUCUCAAUAUCGUCAGGGAGUGCACCAAGGGAAUCAUGAAUGACAAGAAAAAUAAUAUUGAAGCAGUGUGGCAUGAUGAAAGCCACUUAAACAAAUAUUUCUUUCUCCAUAAACCCACUAAAAUCUUAUCCCCAGAAUACUGCUGGGAUUACCUUCAUGGAAUGCCUCCCUAUAUUAAAAAUGUCAGGCUUUCUUGGAAUUUUAAGAGUUAUAGACCUCUUAGAGAAAGUAACUGAUUUUGUAGCUCUUCAUAUGCCCAAAUUUCAGAGCAUCAUUUUGCCCGAUUCUUUAGAAAAUUAUCACAGAGUGUGGCCCUACAAGAUCACUAUCAAACUGAUAAGCUCAUCAAUAUAACAGACUCAUACUUUUCAUCAUAUUAAUUUUGGAUCAUAUAAUGGGGAUUUAGGUAGUUCCAGAAUAUGUUUACUAAAAUCAGACAGAGAUGUAGUAAUUUGACAACUUGUGUGAAUGUUGAGGAAAUAUUUGUUAGAUUAUAUCAGAAUAGAAUAGAUUCUACCACAAGCAAAUGAAGUUUAAAGUAUUUUAACUGAUCCAAAUAGAUAUAAAUUCCUCGUGUCACUUAAGAAAAGGAUUGUCUGUAGGUGUGAGGAAAGGAAAAUCUCUGCAACUAUAGAAAUAUGGCCUAUAGGUAAAACUUGGAAGAUGGCAAAGCUGCCAGCAGAUGGGUAGUUACUUAGAAAACUAUGCGUCAUUCAAAAAGAACUCUGCUUUACAACUACAAAGUUGUUUUUUUAAACAGAAACUAAGGAAAAUAAAAAUAUAAAGA